AGCUGUUUAGCAGUGUGUUUUCGUUAGUUGAAAUUGCGAGAAAUGUUAAAUAAUUCGUAAAAUUUUAAAAUAUAUUAAUUAAAAGUAGUUUUAUUUAUAACAUAAUAUUUACCAAGAUGCGUCUAUUACCAUUUGGUAUGCGUGUAGCCAACAUGAGCACAAAAGUAAACAACACAUUAGCCGUGCCAGAACGUUUCAAAGGAACGAUGGUUGAAAAAUGGGCCAGCUAUUGGAAAGGUCUUCUCAGUGAUUAUAAAGAAGUAGUGAUGGGUGUAGUAAAAGAGACAAGAGAGAAACCACGAAAAGCCGCAUUUUAUGCCAUUACUGGUUAUGGCUUAUAUCAAUGUGGCAAACGCAACCCCGAUGAAGAAGAUUUCCACAAACAAUUCCGUACAGCUAGCAAUGAUUUGAUAAUGGUAAACCCUUCUUUACAAAAUCCUAAGUCAGCCGCAUAUAUUAGACGUUUGCAAGGCGAUUUAAAUCAAAACCGUUUAAGAUUUUUAUCCCUGGGUAUAUGCACUAUUUUAUGGGAGGAUUUAUACGAUCAAGACGAUUGUACUUACCCAGCACAAUGUGAAUAUACACAAGUAAACUUUUGGAAUUUCCAUGAACAGAUUGUGGAUAUAGGAUUUUGGAAUCAAUUCUGGCGCUUAAAAUAUGAGUUCUACAAUUUCGAUGUUAAUUAUUUGUGAUAAGUUUGGACGAGAACAUAGAAGCUAAUAAAUUUGUUUAAAUAAAUAAAAUUUGUUUUAAAAAA